AUGGAAUCUCUGGAACAGUGUGCUCUUCACUACCCGGGCAAGUGGUUUUUUGCGCAGGGAUAUCCACUUGUCAUGGCGCUUGAUAUGGGAGUGACGGCGUUCAUGCCGCCUUUGGAGAUCAAUCAGAUCUCACCAGAUUACACUGGACACCAGACGGAAGUUGAAAGCAGAAGAUAUGGUAUGAUGCUGAGUGCUGAAGGCAGAGAAGAUGAGGAUAUACAAAUGGACUGA